GUUCCCGAGUCUAUUUUAAGAAUCAUCAAGUUCUGCAGCCUCUUUUCCCCCUUCAGCAGCUUUCUGCAGCCUCCUGCAGCCUCCUGCAGCCUUCUCACGCGUUUCUCGCUUCUGAUUGGCUCACCACGCAUUUACCCCAGAAACAUCAAAUUUCAUCUUCAUUAUGCAAAUUUUCAUGUUCAUGCCAUUCGCACGCAACAUUGUAAAACAUCUACAACGCCAUCACAGAUCAAACGCGGUUCAAUCCGUCCCAUCUCGUCCCAUCUCGUCCCUGGUCGAUUGGUUGAUCAAUUGCAAGGCUGCCAGCACGGGAAAAACAAACAUUUACACAUUUUGGCGCCCGUUCCGUUGAACUAUACUAGUUGGCUGGCGACUGGUCACUGACUGGCAACUGGAUACACGCAACUGGAUACUGGCAACUGGCAACUGGCAAUUCGCAAUUCGCAAUUCGCAAUUCGCAAUCCGCAAUCCGCAGUUGUCACUGGCUACUGACGACUGGCCCUGAAUCUCACCCACAAGGCGUCGUCGAAAAGAAUCCGACAGGUCAAUCUAUUUGAAUCUCCCCAGGUCAUCUUAAAACACGACGAAUCUACGAGGACAUACCCACAAUUACCGGUGUCUCCGAUAAGAAUCGAAACACAAAAUAAAAUAUCCAUUGCACAAUAUCGAACGCUCAAUCUCAAUCUCAAUCAGCCAAUUCUUCCGUCCAUCAGUCAAUCAAUCGAUCGACCAGUCAAGGAGAAGCAUACAUUCAUCGGCAACCAUGUUAUCCGAACAAUUCAUCUCAUCCAUUCGAGCACAGCCAAGAACGGCGAAUACUGCCAUCGCCAAAGACAUCGGGAUUUACAUUCACACAUUACAUCCUUCCCCGAAAAUCGAAUCAAAUUUCAAGAAAAGUUCGACCGCAGUCAAUGCCCUCGCGGCAAAUUCAACCCAUAUUUUCGCGGCACAAGCUGAUAAGGCGGUUGUCCAUGUUUAUUCAAGGGAGCGUGGAAAUCAAGAAGCUUUAAUUUCUUUUCCAGAAAGGUUACACACUUUAACUUUGGUCGGCGAUGAUCUUUUAGUACUGGGCACAGCCGAGGGGCGGGUCAUACUGUGGGAGGUCUGUACAGGUAGACAAGUCUCAACAUCAGCUGCACAUCUACAACCGGUUUCAUGUAUGGCCUCAUCUUCAACAAAUAUCAUUACUGGCUCCGAAGACUCAAAUCUCCACGUGUGGUCGAUUCCACAACUUUUGUCAUUACAUACAAAUACGAAUGAACCGCAUGAGCCAAUUCGAACCUUGUCAAACCACCGAGCCGCCAUAACUUCCGUCGUCAUGGGUCACAGUUCCAGCACAUCAAAUAUAUGCAUAUCUGCGAGCAAGGACAAUUCAAUUAUUGUUUGGAAUUACCACACGGGUGAUCUUCUAAGAACAUUCUUACUUCCAUCAACUCCAUUAUGCAUGGCACUGGACCCAUGCGACAGAGCUGUUUAUACGGGUUUCGAAGACGGUUCAUUACAAAUGAUUGAACUCAUGCAGCCAGACUCAGCGAUCAAUCCAUUGUAUGAUACCCGACUGCAAAAUACCCCAGUUCAAGUUAACUCGCCGGUGUGGUCCCCACCAACAGAGAAUCUUGGUGCUGUGCACUGUUUAGGGCUGAGUUAUGAUGGAACAAGUUUGUUUUCGGGACAUUCUUCUGGAAAGAUUUCACACUGGGAUACUGGAAGACGUGCUUUCUUGGUAGAACUCUCGGAUUUGAAUGCUCCCGUAACAAACCUUGUUAUGCAAUCUCCUUUCCCAAAGACACCAACGACAAAAUCAAUAAACGUAGUUAAGCCUAAAUUGGCCGAGGGUAAUUAUGCAUUCACAGCCCAAUUGAAUGGUACCAAGAAAUCAACGACAUUUGAUCAAGCCAUGGAGUAUCAAGGAUUUCCUAAAGGUAUGCUAGAGAAAGCAUUACUUGAUUUUGCUCAACCUCAAAUGACAGCUACAUCUUCGUCCUCCAGCGAGGAAGAAAAGUUACAAAAAGAAAAUGCGGAAUUAUGGAAGGUUAUCAAUGAGCAACGUGCUCUUCAGAAGAAAACCUUUGAGAAGUAUUCCGAAUUAAAAACUGGUGGUGUUUGAGCUAUGAAUCUUGAUUGUUUCAAAGUUCAUUACUUUCAGUGGUUUGAAGUCCGUGUUGUUGUUACAAGCUUUUAGUAUCCACUGACCUCGAACUCACCGCGUCAGCUUAUUGGUAUAAUGAAUUGUCGAUACAAGAAGAGAAUCCACUAUCUCAUCAAUUCAUUUCAUCUCUGGUAAUAAUCAUUUCGCAAGCUCUUCCUUUGAUCAUUCUUAGAUCCGUGCAGGUCAAUGGUUUGAUCUUGACCACCAAGAUAUCCUCAUCAGCCUCAUCCAAGACCUUGGAUCUCUUGGUUGUCAAGGGACUUGGUGCAUUGCACGUGUAAGACAUGGUUUUCACGAGAAGGUUGGAAACCAUUUUUGUAUGGACUUCUAUCAAAUGUCUGCCAAUCUCGAAAGUCUAAGCUUUUGCUUGUCUUUUGAUUGGUCUUGAGCUUCCUGUUCAAAACUUCCAAUCCAUAUUUUAUGGUCAAAAGGGUCACCUCAUAUCCGUGGAAGCCUUAUAUGAUGUGGAUAAGGCAUAUAGUGCGCAAGAGCUUAAUCACUUGGUUUGUAUCUAUAAUAAGAAAAAUGCACUUCCGAUUUCAUUAUCGAAUUCAUCCAUAGUUUCAGUAUCCAAAAUUUUAGCCAAUGCAAACACUAGCUUGUCGCUAUUUUCCCAAACCAAUGAAUGUACCGUGGUGAUACUUGUGAAUGAAAUUCCUUUCGUCUUA